UUUUUUUUUUUGCUGAAAGCGGGGCGGACAGCUGUGUCGGUGUUUCCUUAAAGGAGGGGGGGAGGCAGAAGAGGAGGAGGGCCCGCUUGAUCUGUGGUCGGUUUUGUGGGGGGGUUGUGUGUGUGUUUUUUUUAAAUAUAUUUUUCCAAGGAAGAUUUCCUGAGGCUCUCGGGCGGGCUUGAUCGGUGGCUGAGCCGGAGACUUGGAACAAAAGAGGCCCCCCCUCCCUCCUUUCCUCCUCCACCGCCGACGAGUUGGCAACAAAGAACCCUCUCGUGUGGGGGGAGAGAAAAAAGAAGAAAGCGGCCGGGAGGAAAGGCCGGUGGAGGGAGGGAGGGAGGGGAUGCGGCAUUAAUCUUUUCCCCCCUGGAGGACUCGUGACUGGAGCGCACCCGUCCGUCGGGAGAGCCAAGAAGCGGGGAGGCGACGGCAACAAAGAGGAUCCGGCCCGCGAUCCCACCCUGUGUUUGAGGAAAUUAUGUUUCGGUUCAUGAGAGAUGGAGAGCCAGAAGAUCCAAUGUUUGUGAUGGACCCUCUUGCCAUCCACCAUCAGCAUGUGAACCGUGUACUCUCAGGUGGCUUUGGUUAUAAUCCCUUUCUCAGCAUUGGCAAUGGGACUGUACCUGGAACACGCCAGGCGAGCAGAAGAAUGCAGGCAGGAACUAUUUCACCGUUUGGGAUGAUUGGAAUGGCAGGUGGUUUUAUGGACAUGUUUGGAAUGAUGAACGACAUGAUUGGCAACAUGGAGCACAUGACGAGUGGUGCCAACUGCCAGACAUUUACUUCCUCCACAGUCAUAUCCUACUCAAAUCUGGGGGACGGCCCCAAAGUGUAUCAGGAGACCUCGGAGACACGCUCAGCACCUGGUGGGAUCCGAGAGACAAGGCGGACGGUGCGAGAUUCGGACAGCGGCCUGGAGCAGAUGUCAAUAGGCCACCACAUCCGGGAACGUGCACACAUCAUGCAGCGUUCGCGCAACCAUCGCACGGGUGACCAAGAGGAGAGGCAAGACUACAUCAACCUGGAUGAGAGUGAUGCAGCCGCAUUUGAUGAUGAAUGGAGGAGAGAGACAUCCCGCUUCCGGACGCAGAGAGGGCUGGAUUACCGGCGUCAUGAGGGAAACAAUGGCCGUAGGGCCGAAGGGACCCGUCUUGCUAUACAGGGACCAGAGGAGUCCCCAACAAGACAGUCGCGCCGGUACGACUGGUGAAUCCAGAGUAGACUUAAGGGGGGGUGCAUUGCGGUCACCCCCAGAUCUACCUUUCUGCUCUUGUACAGACAGUGAAAUUCUGAUGGCGAAGCCCCUACAAAACAUCACUUGGACCUUCCUCAAGUUGAAUACUAGCUUCCUGCCCUUCUUUUAAGAUUUAAAUUAAGUGACUAACUAUCUGCACAGUUUUACUCCUUGCAUAGAGCAGGUGGCCAAGGGGAAUGUGAGGGACUUGUCCAUGAAUGAGUGACAUGCCAGUUUUCCUUCUUUUUCCUCCAACUCCUACCUGUAUUUCACUGAGCUCCCCAAACCCUCCUCUUAGUGUUGGGGGGGUGCAGGAGUAACCUCCCUGAGUUUUUGCCAUCCUGUCGUAUUUCCUGCUCCACGUUUGGCUGGUUCUGGAGAUGUUAUUUAAUCUACUCACCCACCUCACGUGGCAAAUCUCUGCUAUUAUUUUCAAGCACUUGGAAAAAUAACCUUGAGCCACCUUUGCAGCCCGCCCGCCCGCCCUGAAAAUGAGGUGCAUGUGGAACCGUGCAAGGGACUCAGCGAGGUGUGGACAAACCAAACAGGCCCUACCUCUCUGCUUCAAUCCAGUCAGUUCCCCAUCUUAUUAAAUUUGAUUUUGUGAAACUUGUAACUAGAUGUUUACUGAGUUGAAUAAAGAAAUGAGACUUGUAAAGCAAA